AUGACAAUACAACGACUAAAAGAAAUAAUCGCAGUGGAACCAAACAUUCUAUCGACAAAAACAGAGAGCGACCCAGAUGUUUCAGAGACUGAAAGAACACAAAAGUCACAGAUCACAGAAACACAGCACAACACGGAGACACAAAAAGUGUCUUAUGCUCAAUCUGGUCAGAUCGUCGACUACACCAGACAGUCACAACUCAGAGACAUGCAAGCCAACACUGAUCCACACAAACUGUCCUAUGUUCAAUCUGGCCAGAUCGUCGACUACACCAGACAGUCACAACUCAGAGACAUGCAAGCCAACACUGAUCCACACAAACUGUCAUAUGCUCAAUCUGGUCAGAAUGUCGACUACACCAGACAGUCACAACUCAGAGACAUGCAAGCCAACACUGAUCCACACAAACUGUCCUAUGCUCAAUCUGGUCAGAUCGUCGACUACACCAGACAGUCACAACUCAGAGACAUGCAAGCCAACACUGAUCCACACAAACUGUCCUAUGCUCAAUCUGGUCAGAUCGUCGACUACACCAGACAGUCACAACUCAGAGACAUGCAAGCCAACACUGAUCCACACAAACUGUCCUAUGUUCAAUCUGGUCAGAAUGUCGACUACACCAGACAGUCACAACUCAGAGACACGCAAGCCAACACUGAUCCACACAAACUGUCCUAUGCUCAAUCUGGUCAGAACGUCGACUACACCAGACAGUCACAACUCAGAGACAUGCAAGCCAACACUGAUCCACACAAACUGUCCUAUGCUCAAUCUGGUCAGAAUGUCGACUACACCAGACAGUCACAACUCAGAGACAUGCAAGCCAACACUGAUCCACACAAACUGUCCUAUGCUCAAUCUGGUCAGAAUGUCGACUACACCAGACAGUCACAACUCAGAGACAUGCAAGCCAACACUGAUCCACACAAACUGUCCUAUGCUCAAUCUGGUCAGAAUGUCGACUACACCAGACAGUCACAACUCAGAGACACGCAAGCCAACACUGAUCCACACAAACUCUCCUUUGCUCAUUCCGAACAAUUUUUCGAUCUCAGGAGACAUUCACAUAACACGGAAUUAGAUACUAUUACUGAGUAUGAUAUUGUUCAUUUCGGUGGGAGUGUAUUAUCUUCCGCAGCUUUCUUUGGUGACCCUGAGUCGAGCUUUGAUUUGGAUACGAGAGCUUCUUUGUAUUCCGUCGAGACAUUCACCAAGCUUCCUUUAGAAACUUUAGGCCGAAUCACUCCAAAUCCUUCUGAAUAUGGUGCUAUAACUCAUAGGUUAUCUCGGGAUAAUGUCGACCGUCAGUCAAGGAAAGGGUUCUCUAUCUGUUCACAGAAGCAACCCUACAUAAUUUCCGAUAACCAGCAUGUUGACAACUGUUCCAUUCCUAAACUAACACCAAAGUCUUUAUCUUUUGCAAGCAAAGACUCUAUUUGUCGUGGUUCAUUUGUUCAAGCAUCACAUGAAACCAAUGCUUCUACUGAGGAUAGAUCUCUAUAUACAAAGAGUAUUUCUAAGUCAGUUUCACUUGUUGAAUCGAACAUAUCACCGGAGAAUAUGAUAAAUUUGACACCGAUGAACAAUGUUUAUCCUAUGUUAGACAGAAAUAUCCUGUUAGCCGGUGAACACCAGUCUCAAAGUACUUCAGGCCUGGCAUUCUCCAGUCAAUUAUCACCUCCUCCUCCUGAAAGUGCAAAAGUGAUUAACUCCCAUGGACAAGACGAACAACAUCAGUUAACUUGUCAUCAUCCAAACUGUAGAUAUUAUCAAUCUCCAAGAAUGAUGGAUAACUACUAUCCGAGUGAAUAUCAGUCAGCUAUGCUUGAAGGUGAAAAAAUGCUCAACCAUAUAAUGAGACCAAACCCAACACUGUCCACUGAUAAACAUGAAAAUCAAUGUGAUUGUAAAUCUUGUCGUUUGACCAGGCGAUAUCAAAACAGCAUUCCGGCAUAUCUACCUGAAAGAUACGAUGAUACCUCGGAUGAAGUGAAUGAUUUCUCUGAAUUUCAACAAAUCACUAUGGCACUGUUGAAUACACUUAUGGCGACAACUGAAAUGUUACGUACACAACUGAAAGUAAGGCAAGCAGCUCUAGCAUCACGAAAAUGUUGCAGUAAUAGACAAGUAGCUAAAGACAGAGACAGAUUUGCACAGACUCAAGGAUGGAAUGAAAAUGCCAUGUGUAAUAUUCUAAAAGUUCAACAUUCUUGUAGUGAAGAAGAUUCUAAUGAAGAUAACUUGACUUUAUCGAUUUAUAGAGCAGAGGACAAAGGCAUCAGAUAUCGACAAAGUGGACAAUUAACACCUCUGUCUAUUCAGUAUCAUCAAAACAUAUCCGAGAAGAAGAAGAAGAAGAUAAAGGAGAAGAGGCCUGCUACCAGUACUACUAACACUCCUUACCCCAUAUCAAGUAGGAGGAUUAAGGAAGAUUCUGUGAACUGUAGUAGAUUCAUUACACCAAUAUUAAAAAAUUCUUCAACAAAAUAUAUUCAAACAUUAUCUUCAGAUAUACUGAAAACCAAUGCACAGAGAAUAAAUCAUGAUUUACAUCGAAAUGGAAAUGGCUUAAAUUUGCGAAACAAUUUCACAUCGCAUUUGUUUAAAUCGACCAAUAGAGAUUUAAAUUCGAAAGCGCCAAAAAUGAACAUUCAUCAUCAUCAUCAUGAUCAUCCACAUCUGCAACAUAAUUUAAACAAAAGGAGUGUAUCAUUUGAAAGGUAUACUGAUGACAACUUAUUUAAGAAUAUUGAAAAUACAAGAAAACAAGAAGGAGGAGGUCACGUAACUAAAACAAAAUUAUUGUGUACUAAUUGUCAUCAAUUGUUAAAUUUCUAUUGUAAGCCUGAAAGCAAAUGUCUGUGUUGUCAGAAGAGCAUAGAUAUCUCAUUGUUGACGUCAUCAUCCUUGUCGACAACAUCGUCUACACUUGAUUCACAGUUUGUUUUAAUUAAUCGUAAAGAAGAGAGAUAUCAGAUUGCUUCGUCACCGUCACCAUCACCACCAACAUUAACAACAGCAACAACAACGAUGUCGUUUACAUCGACAACUUCAAUGAAAACUAUUUUUCACUCAAUACCCUGA